AUGCCUAAAAACUACCAGCAAGCUCUUGCAUCUGUUUUUGCCAUUGAGGAGAUCAACAAGAAUGCCAAGUUGUUACCCAACACCACUUUGGGAUCCUGGAUCUUUGACAAUUAUUUUAAUCCAAGUAUGACCUAUUUGAACACUCUCAACCUAGUUUUCAUGGGACAAUGGCAUAUCCCAAAUUACAACUGUGUCAGGGAUAAGAAGUUCAUGGCUGCCAUUGGGGCGCUCACUUCCCAAAACUCCAUCCAGAUGGCCAACAUCUUAAAUACCUACAAAACACCACAGCUGAGUUAUGGCUCUUUUGACCCUAUUUUGAGCGACGUCAUUCAAUUCCCUUCUUUCUUCCGGAUGGUUCCAAAUGAAGGCCCUCAGUAUAUUGGCAUUGUUCAACUACUGAAGCAUUUCAGAUGGAAUUGGAUUGGCCUCAUCACAUCAGAUGAUGAUAGUGGAGAAACAUUCCUUAAAACUCUGAGGCCAAGGUUUUUCCAGAACAAUAUUUGCAUUGCUUUCACAGUAUCAAUUCCUGCAGAAACAUCUCAUGGAUCAAAUGCAGCAAUAACUAAUGCACUGGGAUGGAUUGAUCAGACUCUCAGAUUAUACAGCAAAAUAAAUGUCAUCCUUGUGUAUGGGGAUGGUCAGUAUAUGGAGGGUUUACAAUUUAUUCUACAAUCAAAUGAAUUUCUUCACUUUGAGCCAAUGGAGAAGGUUUGGAUCAUAACUGCUCAGUGGGAUUACACAGCUGUGGUUUCUGAGAAAAUCUUUUCAGUAAAAUCCUUCAAUGGCACCUUGUCCUUCACACCCCACAAAAAUGGGGUUCCAGGGUUUCACGAUUACCUGGAGAGCAUUAAUCCACACCAGUCUGAGAUCUAUGCCAUUGGUUACUUCUGGUACAGUGUAUUUGAUUGUUCACUCCCCAUAAAAAACUUGUAUUUACCUGGUGCAAAACAUUGCACUGGGGAAGAGAAGCUGGGGAAUCUUCCUGCUUCUGUGUUUGAAAUGGGAAUGUCUUCUCAGAGUUACAGUAUCUACAAUGCUGUUUACGCCGUAGCGCAUGCUCUCCAUGCCAUGUUUUCGUCAAGAUACAAACAAAAAAGAAUGAAGAAAGGAGAGAGAAAGAAUCUUCUGAAAGUUCAGCCAUGGCAGCUUCAUGCUUUUCUGAGGAAUGUCCGCUUCAACAAUAGUGCUGAGGAAGAAAUAUUUUUUGAUGAGAAUCUGGAGUUGGCAGUCGGAUACGAUAUUGUCAAUUUGGUCACAUUUCCCAAUCAAUCUUUCCAGAGAGUUCCAGUUGGAAGGAUGGAUGCCCAAGUUUCAGGAGGGAAAGACUUCACCAUUAAUGCAAGUGCCAUUCAGUGGAACCACAAGUUCAACCAGACACUGCCUCAUGCCACAUGUGUUGAGAGCUGCCACCCAGGACACAGCAGGAUUGCUCAGGAGGGGAAGCCAGUGUGUUGCUAUGAUUGUACUCCAUGUUCUGAAGGGACAAUUGCAAUUCAGACUGAUGCUAACCACUGUGAGAAGUGCCCAGAAGAUCAGUAUCCAAAUAAGGAACAGGAUCAAUGCAUCUCCAAAUUUAUGAAUUAUUUAUCCUACAGAGAACACUUAGGAGCAGCUUUGGCUCUUUGUGCCAUUCUCUUUGUGUUGAUCACAGUUUUGGUGAUGGGGAGCUUCAUUCUGCACUGGAACACUCCCAUUGUCAAAGCUAACAACAGGAACAUCACCUGCACCCUGCUAGUCUCUCUGCUUCUUGGUUUUCUAUGCUCCUUUCUGUUCAUUGGCCGACCUGGGAAGCUUUCCUGCAUUUUACGACAAACCAUGUUUGGUAUCAUCUUCACUGUUGCAGUGUCUUCUGUGUUGGGUAAAACGGUCACUGUAGUUGUGGCCUUCAUGGCCACCAAGCCAGGAAACAGGAUGAGGAAAUGGGUGGGGAAGAGGACGGCAGUAUCCAUCAUCAUUCUCUGUUCUCUUAUUCAAAUUGGCAUCUGUGCUGUGUGGCUGGGGGCCUCUCCUCCAUUCCCAGAGUUUGACAUGCACUUCCAAAUUAGUGAGAUCAUUCUGCAAUGUAAUGAAGGUUCAGCCAUCAUGUUCUACACUGUCCUGGGUUACAUGGGGCUUCUGGCCAUCAUCAGCUUCACUGUGGCCUUCCUUGCCAGAAAGCUGCCUGACACGUUUAAUGAGGCCAAGCCGAUCACCUUCAGCAUGUUGGUCUUUUGCAGUGUGUGGGUGUCGUUUGUCCCAACCUACCUGAGCACCAAAGGGAAAUUCAUGGUGGCUGUGGAAAUCUUCUCCAUCUUGGCCUCCAGUGCUGGAUUACUGGGUUUUAUUUUUUCCCCCAAGUGCUAUAUUAUUUUACUGAGGCCUCAUCUGAACACCAAAGAGCAAUUAGUAAGGGAAAAUAUUCAUCUUACCUGA